CCUCAGUAUUAUACACUCACUAUCCAGAGUGCACUCUCACCCCUGUCACCGCCUCACGGGAGGGGCCGCUCACACUCCUCGGUGUCAGUGCUGAGGGGACGGUGUCCCGGAGCAGUGCAGGAGACAUGGCCGCCAGGCGCUUCGUACUAUUCGAUCUGGGCGGAGUGCUGCUCACCCCCGGCCCGCAGGCCGCAUUCAGGAGACUGGAAGAGACACUCGGUCUGCCCGGAGGAUUCCUGCUGAACGUGUUUGUGAAGAGCGGCUCAGAUGGACCGUUCGCCCAGGCUGAAAGGGGACAGAUACCGUUCUCUCAGUUUGUUACGGAAAUGAAUAAGGAAUGUAAGGCGUUUGCUGAAGAAUCUGGCAUCAACCUCCCCGAGACUUUCUCUAUGGAACCGGCCUUCCACGGUAUGUUUGACGAUGGAGGAAUCAACAAGCCAAUCCUGAAAGCCGCCAUAAUGCUACGAAACAACGGGUUCAAAACCUGCGUGCUCACCAACAACUGGGUGGAUGACAGCCCCAACCGGAACCGCACUGCCGACAUAUUCUCUUUCUUGAACAACCAUUUUGACCUGGUCAUAGAAUCUUGCCGCGUCGGAAUGAGGAAACCCGAGAAGCGGAUAUAUGAGUACGCCCUGAAGAAGCUGAAAGCCGAUCCCCAAGAGACCAUUUUCCUCGAUGACAUUGGUGCCAACCUGAAGCCAGCACGAGAUAUGGGGAUAGCUACAGUGUUGGUCAGAGACACUGAUGAAGCUUUGAAGGAGCUGCAAGACUUGUCUGGCAUAAAGCUCAUAGAUAGUGAAGAGGUCAAGCCGCCCUCUGCAGAUCCUGACACAGUCCCUCAUGGCUACGUCACCAUAAAGCCCGGAGUAAAGCUGCAUUACGUAGAUAUGGGAAACGGGCCGGUCAUCUGCCUGUGUCAUGGCUUUCCAGAGAGCUGGUAUUCAUGGAGGUACCAGUUGCCGGCCUUGGCUGCUGCUGGCUACAGAGUGAUUGCCCUUGACAUGAAGGGCUAUGGGGAGUCAUCUGCGCCACCCGAAAUAGAAGAAUAUUCUCAACAACAACUCUGCCAGGAUAUGAUUACUUUCCUGGAUAAACUGGGGAUUUCACAGGCCACAUUCAUCGGCCAUGACUGGGGCGGUGCUUUUGUAUGGAACAUGGCGCUCUUCUAUCCAGAAAGAGUCAAGGCCGUUGCGUCACUUAAUACUCCAUUCUUCCCCCCUGAUCCAGAAAUCAAAACGAGUGAGAAAACUAAAGCAAACCCUCUGUUUGAUUAUCAGAUUUAUUUCCAGGAGCCGGGUGUUGCAGAAGCAGAGCUGGAGAAAAAUUUGGAAAGAACAAUAAAAAUAUUUUUCCGUGGUCCAGGUGAAAAGGACAAGCUUGCACCGUUCAUAAGUUCCGGCAGCGUAUGUGAGAGAGGUGGUCUGUUUGUCGGUCUCCCGGAAAAAGUCCCACGCAGCAGCAUACUUAGUGAAUCUGCGCUGCAGUUUUACGUUUCGCAAUUCAAAAAGAACGGAUUCAGGGGCCCAUUAAACUGGUACAGAAACAUGGAUCGGAGCUGGGAGUGGACAGUCAAGGCUCACAACUGGAAGAUCCUAGUUCCAGCUUUGAUGGUGACGGCUGAGAAGGAUCCGGUGUUACUUCCAGUGAUGACCACCGGCAUGGAGAAGAGAAUUCCAAAUCUGACAAGAGGACAUAUUGAAGCCUGUGGACACUGGACCCAGAUGGAGAAACCGGCUGCUGUGAAUGACAUCCUGAUAAAAUGGUUGGGAGAAGUUCACUCGGCUUCUGUCCCUUCCAAACUUUGAGUUUCCUCACAUUUCACAAGCUGAAUUCUUGGUCUCGAUCGUCCAUAGAAAAUGUUCCUAAUUCCUUCCUGCCACAAUCCAGCGCCCUCUAAUUGUCUGCCGGUCAUGCGUCUAAAGCAGAACCGCAUUGUAAUGAACAGGCGCGACCGGCGCGGAGAAUGAAUGUCCCCACCAAUCCCAUUUAAUGAUUAACCCCCCAAACCUUUUUUUAUGGAAACGGCAAAUUGUGAAGAAUAAUAAUAUGUUUUAUAUCAUUAAAUAGAAAUUGCUUAGAAAAAGUGACAUUAAUGGAAUGUAAUAGGGCAAAUGUUUCACGGCAGAGAUGACUACUGGGAGGAUG